ACUUUCUCACAACCGUUCACAUUUCACAAAUAAGUUUAUCGAAUGUUGGAAAGAUUGUAGGUACUGAAAGCGUGCCUAUGUAUGGUUGCAGCUGAGCAACAUCUAGAUAUCCAUUUACAUCUGUAAAGUUUUAGGCACAAGCCACGCCGACAAUGGUCACAUGGACAUUCCCAUCUUUCGGACCGAAGAGGGCAGAUAUCUUGCUCAGUCUCUCGGCGAUCCUUUGAUAAAAGGUCUAACCGAGGUGGCUAAUAUAAAGCCUAAGGAUCCAGUUGCGUUCUUGGCCAGUUUUCUUCAUAACUUUCCAGAUCAAGAAAAAUCAAAUCUAGGUACGCAGGAAACCGAAAUGCUAGUGACCCGCGAAGCAGCCGAAGUAGAGAACGAACAACCGCCGCGACUCGCAGCCGCCCCGGCAAACGCGCCGGUCGCGCUCAGGAACCGCACGGCCACCAAGCACCAGCGGCCCAUUGACAUCGUCACCGUCGAACCGCAGCCCGUCACCAGCCCUGAUGCACCGGAGUCCGCCUUCAGUAGUGCCACUAGAGACGAACACGGCCAGUCGAUGUUGCAUUUCGCAGCGGCCCGCACUCACGCCCGCAACGCCCUGUUCCAACUCCUACAAGAGUCUGACAUCAGCCUCGGCUAUAGAGACGAGUUGUACCGCACCGCUCGAGACGUCUCCAUACAGGCUAAUGUGCCCGAGAACACCGUUGAAAUCGAUAAGUGGAUGCUACAUCUAGCUGCUAGAGGAAACACAGAUAAGAUAAUGGAACUGCUAAUGGAAGGGUAUGACCACAUACUGGACGUAGUGGAUGAAGAAGGAGUGCCUAUUACUGAGGUGAUCGCUCAGCGAGGUGACACCGACAUGAGCAACUUGCUCGCUUCUAUACCUGCUUUUGAGGAGUCCCGCGAAGCCCUACACGGCGCCGUCCGUCGCGGCGACCUGAGCGCCGUGCAAGCGUCACUGUCAGGCGAGGGUGCUCGAACCCUGGCUCGUUGUCAGAACUCGUUCGGUCGUACAGCACUACACGUCGCUGUGUUGGCCGAACAUGAAGAUGUAGUGGCUUACCUCGCACAAACCUACCCGGAGUUACUGCGUCUGGGGGACAACUUGGAACGCACACCGUUACACUACGCGAUGGGCGUAGAGAAGAUAGAGUCACUAAGCCGAGUGCUGAUCAGAGCGGGGGCCAAGCGCGUGCUCAAAGACCUCAAGGGUCGCCAGCCCACAUACUACUUCAUGAACAAAUCCGAGAUCCUACGCCUCAAGGAGGAAGAGGACGUAUACUGAUAUAAGAGGAAACACAUUUAGGACCUGUUUCAACACUGGCCAGUUAAUUAGACGAGAAUUUUGAAUUUUUAUACGGUGAGUAUGCACUGGCUCAGGUUCGCGGAAUAGGCUCUCAGUUUUAGAACAAAAUUAGAGUUAGGCAUCAAAGAUGGCUGUGGCUUGUACGAAAACUUUGUGAUCGGCCUUUGAUAGUACUAGGAACCAUUCGUUGCUUCUUAUUACGCACAUUUUGCAAAUCGCAAACUUUAAUUUUCAUGUCAUCGUAGUUAAUCUUAGGAGUUUAGGAAAAUUAUCGCGUGCCGAAUAGUAGAUAUUUGUGAAUUUUCUAUCGUAUGUAUUUACGUAUAAUAUACUUGAUGGGACCCUAAUGUAUACCUUGGAAAUUAUAAUUAUAAUAAAACUAUAUGUCGAAUAAA